AUGACACUCAUCAUUCGACAACAUGCAACUGCUUGUUUGCUGGCACUCACUGUUGCCAUUCUUUUCAGCUUGUCCACACAAUGGUGUGUGAACGCUCAAGAUGUUCGUUCCAACGUGACACAACUCAUUCAAUAUUGGGGCUAUCCUGUGGAACAACAUGAUGUCACGACUCCGGAUGGAUAUAUUUUAUCCGUUCAAAGAAUUCCACAUGGUCGUUUCAAUCGUCAUGGCGGAUCUACUCCUAGAAAAGUUGUCUUUUUACAACAUGGAUUUUUAGAUUGUAGUGCCACAUGGGUCAAUAACUUGCCGUAUCAAUCGUUGGGAUUUAUUUUGGCAGAUGCUGGUUAUGAUGUAUGGCUUGGAAAUGUUCGUGGAAAUGAAUAUUCCAAUCGUAAUCUCUACUUUCCAACACAGUCCAAACAAUUUUGGGAAUUGGGAAUUCACUUGGGAUGA